AUGUUCGACGCUGGUGCUAACCCACCACUUGUAACAAAUUUCCUACAUCAAUCGUUUCUUUUUCCUGUAGCAAGAAAAGAUGUAUAUAAUUUGAAGCAAAAAACGAGGUUAACUAGAACUCCAGAAGAGGAGCUGAUGGGCGCGCUUGGGUUGCCUGGUGUUACAAGUGAAAUCUUAGUUGACGAGAAUGGGUCAUGGUUGGGUCUUUACCAUCUCAAGGUCGAAUUCGGCUUGCGAGUUAAUUUCUAUUUUCAUCUCAACGUCGAAUUCACCGUGCGAUUCUCACGCUUUGCACCGUCUAAACGUCGUAUUCGCCAACUCGUCAUUCGCACGCCUUAUAGCAUCUCAACGUCGAAUUUGAUGGGCGGGUUUCUCACGAUUUAUAAUUUCAAACGUCGUAUUCACCCGCCCGUGAUUCGCACGCCUUAUCUCAACGUCUAUUUGAACGCCUUAUAG